AUGGCCAACCACCAACCAAAACGUCGAGCCCGUGUGUUGGAGCAGCGAUGGUACUCGCGCCGAUACUGGAUGGGCAACGAUGUGCGACGGGGCAUCGUCGUGCUCGGCUCGUUUCUCGGCGAGCCGCGCACGAUCGGGAUCAAGUCGCGCACAUCUAGCAUGUGCGCACCGUGCGACCCAGCUCAUCUUCGAUCCGAGCUGCAUGAAGACGCCGACGACUUGAUCUGCUCAACACCAAACCAUACCACCGCUCCUACUUUGACCACCACCAUGAAUUUCGUCUCUGCCUUGGUCUUUCUGCUUCUGGCUGGGCUGGGGGAGUCGGUCGUGGUGCCACGACAGUGGAAUGUGCCAUUGGUGGUGAUGGGCAACUACCAGUCCGGUAGCAACCUCCAAGCCGGCACGAACAACGUACAGACCAUCGUAAACUCGGUCAACGUGCAUGGCAACACCAACGCUGUCAGUUCCAACUCGGUCGGCACCACCGCAGCUACCAGCAUCAACCAGUCCACCACUCAAGACGAUGGUGAGGAUGAUGGGUUGCAGGCGGCAGUGGAUGCGACGAUUCGACACCUCCAAACCGCACUUGCACGCUCAAAGUCCCGACAUCACAUCCACGCUCAUCGACAAUGA